CAAAUCCAACAGCCUUGAUUAAAAUCCAGCUGGAUCAGCCCAGACGAGUCGAGCCUGAGAGACUGAAGUCUGGUUGACAGACUUCACCCCCAGUUCACCCUCUGAUCUUCUUUACCCAGGUUUGGUGCUUUAUCACUGGGGACAGGCCAGGACUUCACCGUGCUGCCAUGGAUCUCUUCCACAGUUGGGGUGUAGAGCUGGUGGUUCACCUGCAGACUCAGUAUGGCCAGUAUGAGAACUGCUUCAGCCUAGCUUCCACCGUGGCUGAUCUCCAUGCCACUUUCUUCUGCUUCUUCCCUGUCUGGUUCCAUCUGCGCAGGGAUGUAGGAGUCCAGCUCAUUUGGGUGGCCACCAUUGGAGACUGGCUUAACCUUGUUCUCAAGUGGGUGCUUUUUGGAGAGAGGCCCUAUUGGUGGGUCCAUGAGACCAGGUUUUACAAUAUAGGACCAGCCCAAGCCCCUGCCCUAAAGCAGUUUCCCAUCACAUGUGAAACUGGGCCAGGAAGCCCUUCUGGUCAUGCAAUGGGAGCAGCAGGCGUGUGGUAUGUGAUGGUAACCACCCUCCUGUCAGUGGCAGCUGAGAGGAGUCCUCCUCUCCUGUACAGGUUCCUCCAGGUGGCGCUGUGGUCACUGCUGGGCCUGGUGGUGCUGCUGGUAUGCAUGUCCAGAGUCUUCAUGGCUGCCCACUUCCCCCACCAGGUCAUCAGUGGGGUCAUCAUAGGCAUCAUUGUGGCUGAGAUCUUUUCAAGAGUGCGGUGGAUCUACAGCGCCAGCCUGAAGAAGUACUUGUACACCACCCUCUUCUUGCUCUCCUUCGCUGUGGGCUUCUACGUGCUGCUGAAUGCUCUGGGUGUGGACCUGCUGUGGACCCUGGAGAGAGCCCAGAAGUGGUGCGUGAGGGCCGAGUGGGUCCACCUGGAUAGCACCCCCUUCGCCAGCCUCCUCCGCAACAUGGGCACCCUGUUUGGCCUGGGACUGGGUCUGCACUCACCCCUCUACACUGAGCGCAAGAGGAGCACCAGCGCUACCUUCAGGGAUGGAUGUAUGGUUGGUUCCUUGCUGCUCCUCCAGUGUCUGGAUGGGUUGACCUUCUCCUCCAAAAACCAAAUACUGUUUUACCUGCUGUCGUUCAGCAAGAGCGCCACUGCUAUCUUCAUCACCACUGCUCUUUUACCUGGAGCUCUCCAUUGGGCUUUCCUUGGAAGAAUUAAGAAGAACGCAUGAUUGGUUGAUAGAAGGUUGAGAACGUGAGAAAGUAGUUUCUGCUGUUUCCAAAUGUUCUGAAAGACAGUAAUCUCCUGCAUUUUGGAACUGAGGUUUCUUCUUUGGCAUGCCAGUUGCAUUGGUUGUACUAUACGUUUGUACUUUUCUUUUACUGUUGUUAACUCUCUUGCAUCUCAUAUCAGUACAUCUCUGAAAGAGUACAACAGUGUUCAGCACAUUAUGUUUGUGUGGCUCUUUCAAUGACAACAUUGUAACAAAGGUCAUCUAUCAGGCCCUGAACUAUGCCCUCAGCAUGGAUAUAAUACACACUGACUGUACUGUACAGUACCAGCAAGGAUGAAAGAAUGUUGAUUCAACAAAGAUUUGUACAUUUUGAUGUAGAUAUCAAUAGAAUACAAAAGUCUGCUCAUGAACAGAUGUGAAACAAUUCUCUCAGAAAGGCUGAAAAGCUUAGUCUUAUUAUUAAUCUUUAUAAAUAAAGACUGACAUGUCUGGUGUU